CAAAAAAUAACGUAAACCAAAAGAAAAAGCAAUUCCCUCAAUCACUCUACCCACCCGAUAAAAAAAAAGUUGGAAUUUAUCUUACCGUUGGGAGAGAGAGAGAGAGAGAGAGAGUGGUGUGAUGCGAAUUACGUUUGUGUUUUGAGAGAGAGAAGGAAGAGUGAGGGAGUGCAGAUAUGAAGGGUGCUAAUAGCACUAAGAAAGGAGUGAACUUGCUUUCUCCUUCCUCCUCAUGGCGCGAAAACCCUCAUCCUCGCCGGAGAACCUCCAAGUCCGCGGCCGUCUCCGACGUCGGUUGCCUCCCUAGUUUCUUCCACCUCCUCUUCCGCAACCCCCGGAAAUCCCUCACCUUCGGAUCUAAGAAGCGAGAACAGAGGACGGUGGUUUGCGCUGCACCGGCGGAGAAAGCGAGCCAGGCGCCGCCGGAGAGACGGGGAGAGGGAGAGGCGGAGAGGAUGAAUCUGGUGGGGGCGUUGGAGAAGUGCGAUCGUGACCUGGAGGAGCUCAGGAGAACCAUAGACGCUAUAAAAACCACUUUCCUCCACAGCCAGAAACUCCCUCCACCGACGGAGCCUCGUCGUUUCAAACCCUCCGACGCCGGAGAUGUCUUAAGCCAGCAGGGAGAACCAGAAAAGGACACGACCAAAGAAGACAAAACCGACAACAGCAGCAGCAUACAUCUGAUCAAAACCGAUUUCAAUGUCGGUUUAGUCAAACCCAACAUCGUCAUGCCCAAGACAAGCGGACCUGUCGUACGGAAGCCGAGGACGAGCAUGGUGGAUAGCGUCAUCCAGGUCUGCGAUGACGUGGCGUGGGGACAGAGACGCGAAGUGGGGAGGAUCGGCUUGGCUCUUCAGGACCACAUCUGUCGUGAUCUCAUCAACGAGACUGUUCGUGAACUCUCCGGCGACUUCUCCUCCCCGGCUCCGGCGGUUUAUUGCGGCGGAGGAGGCCGCCACCGCCGCCGUGGCAGCGCCUCACUCCCGUUUGACGCCUGCCGGAAACGAUUGGUCUUUUCAUGAUGAAUUAAAUUAUGCGACUUUUUUUUUUGUCGGGUUUUUAGGUUGUAAUUGCUAUAUUUCUUCUCGUUGACUUUGAAAUUUCUCACGA